CCAUACGGACUACUUUUUGUCACAAAAUCUUGCGUAGCCUCAUUACAUCCGCUGCGCAUUUUCUUCCUUUUCACUGUAGGGCCUUUCACCAUGAGUACACUCCGCCUCCAGAAGCGCCUGGCUUCAAAGGUGCUCAAAUGUGGCAAAAACAAAAUUUGGUUAGAUCCCAAUGAAACAAAUGAGAUUGCCAAUGCUAAUUCACGUCAAAACAUCAGGAAACUAGUUAAAGAUGGUUUGAUUAUUCGCAAGCCUGUGAAAGUUCACUCUCGUGCCCGUGUCCGCAAAAAUGCAGAGGCUCGCCGUAAAGGCCGUCACAUGGGCCAUGGCAAAAGGAAAGGUACUGCUAAUGCCCGUAUGCCCACUAAAAUACUUUGGAUCAGACGUAUGAGAGUUCUUAGAAGACUCCUGAGAAAGUACCGUGAGGCUAAGAAGAUUGACAAGCACUUGUACCAUGAAUUGUAUAUGAAAUGCAAAGGUAAUGGUUUCAAGAACAAGAGAGUUCUUAUGGAGUUCAUCCACAAGAGAAAGGCAGAGAAGGCUAGAUCCAAACUGCUUAGUGACCAGGCUGAGGCUCGCAGACAGAAGGUUAAGGAAGCUCGUCGUAGACGUGAGGAGCGCAUUGCCCAGAAGAAGGAAGAGCUGUUGAAAAAUAUUGAUGAUACCAAGAAAUAAUUUGAUUGUAAUUAAAAGAUUCUGUCAGUGUAA